AUGAGCUCCAGCACCACUGCCCCGCUGAAGGUCGUCAGCAACCUUGCCAACACUGAUGUCAACUAUGUCAUCAAAGAGCAUUAUAAUUACACGGGAAAGCUAAAUGAGAAUGCGGACAGUGGAAUAAAAGUGACGUCGGUGGUUUUUAUCAUCAUUUGCUGCUUUAUAAUCUUAGAGAACAUUUUUGUCUUGCUCACCAUCUGGAAAACCAAGAAGUUUCACAGACCAAUGUACUAUUUCAUUGGGAACUUGGCUCUUUCAGACUUGCUGGCUGGUGUGGCUUACACUGCCAACCUCCUGCUAUCUGGACACAAAACCUAUAGCCUCGCCCCCUCCCAGUGGUUUGUAAGAGAAGGCAGCAUGUUUGUUGCCUUGUCAGCUUCUGUGUUCAGUUUGUUGGCCAUUGCCAUUGAGAGAUACAUCACUAUGUUGAAGAUGAAACUCCACAAUGGCAGCAACAGCUUCCGCUCCUUCUUGCUGAUCAGUGCUUGCUGGGUUAUCUCUGUGAUACUUGGGGGACUCCCAAUCAUGGGUUGGAACUGCAUCGGCCUAUUGACCAGCUGCUCCACUGUGCUGCCUCUCUACCACAAGCACUAUAUUCUCUUUUGCACCACUGUUUUCACAGGCCUUUUGCUAUCUAUUGUUGUCCUGUAUUGCAGGAUCUAUUCCAUGGUAAGGACUAGGAGUCGCAGGCUGACAUUUCGGAAGAACGUUACCAAAGCUACUAGGAGCUCAGAAAAGUCUCUAGCCUUGCUCAAGACAGUGAUCAUAGUCCUGAGUGCCUUCAUCGCCUGCUGGGCUCCCUUGUUCAUCCUGCUUUUACUGGAUGUGGGGUGUAGAGUGAAGACCUGCCCAAUCCUCUAUAAAGCAGAGUAUUUCUUAGUACUGGCAGUGCUCAAUUCAGCCACAAACCCUAUCAUCUACACCUUGACAAACAAAGAGAUGCGGAGGGCUUUCAUCAAGAUUCUGUGCUGCUGCAAGUGUCCCCCGGCAGAUUCUGGGACCAAAUUCAAGAGGCCAAUCAUUGGAGGGAUGGAGUUCAGCCGGAGUAAAUCUGACAACUCCUCCCACCCACAGAAGGAGGAAGGCGACCAUCCUGAAACCAUCAUGUCUUCAGGCAAUGUUACCUCAUCUUCUUAGGAGUAACCCUGGGGGUGUAUUUCAGAGCCUUCCUCUGAAACUGGGGAGCUGAGGUGCCUCCUGCUCACAGCGGCAGUGUUGGGCUAAGUGAGCAAGUAGCAUUAGUUCUAAUGAGGCAAACGGUGCACUUGCGAGGCUGGAGUUCAAGAAAUGGGACAGACUGUUCUGGCUUGAAAAUCUUUUUCCCUGGAGCAUGUUUUGUCUUUGCACUGAGGCAGCUCAGGAUUGUCAGGCUCAUUCAUAUCCUGAAAUCUCCUUAGUAACUCUGAAAGACUGAUGCCUUGGUG